UGCCCCGCGCGGUGGUGACGCGGCUCUGCCGGAGGACUCCACAUCCCAUGGUGCACAGCGGCGGGGCCUGAGGGGAGGGCCCGGACCUGAGCGGAAACCGGAACCGGAAACUGGAGCGGGCGGAAACAGGAACCUGAAGCCCCGCCAGCUGACCCCACGCAGCGGGAACCGAUGGCUCCGGUGAAGAUCAGCCACGUCGUGUCCUUCUCCUCCCAGGACCCUCGCUACCCGGUGGAGAACCUCCUGUGCCCCGACGGCCGCCGACCCUGGCUCAGCUGCCCCCAGGAACGCAGCCGGCAGCUGAGGGUGGAGCUGCAGCUGGAGAGAGCCAUCCCCAUCGGCUACAUUGACGUCGGGAACUGGGGCUGCGCCUUCCUGCAGAUCGAAGUGGGUCGCUCCUCGUGGCCGCUCGACCGCCCCUACCUCACCCUGGUGCCCAGCGUCGCGCUGAUGACGCCGGCCGACUCCAAGCUGGACCGCAACCGCUGUGGCGUCCGCAUGUUUAAAGAAGCGGAUUUCCUGGCGUUGGCGGCGGGACAGAAGUGGGAUCGCCUGCGGCUCACGUGCAGCCAACCCUUCCGCCACCGCGGGCAGUUCGGGCUCUGCUUCAUCCGCGUGCGCACGCCGCUGGACCCGGAGCUGUGCCCCCCGGCAACGGAGGACUCUGAGCCCGUGGGCAGCCCCCAGCGCUCCAGCCCUGCCUCCUUUUGGCGGAUUUCCUCUGCAGAAAAGCACCCGAGCUCGCAGGAGGAGGAGCAGCUGAAGAGCAGCCUGCAGCAGCUGGAGCCCGGCGCUGCGUCCCACGCCUGGAGCCCAGCGUGCCUCAGCCGCCCGGCGCGCAUGGUGCUGUCAGCAGCGCAGAGCCGAGCCAGGAGACCCCCACCCCGAGUCAGUGCCAGCAUCCCGGGGAGCAACACAGAUCAGGGACAGCCCGCAGCACGGGGGCCAGCACUGGAGGUGCCAGCAGCCCCCAAGCGCGCCCGCAGGCAGAGAGCUCACAGCGCUGUGGGCAGGUCCCCGCCGCCUCUCUCCGGGAAUCCUGGGGCAGGAGGGAGAGCCGGAACGCAGGGCCACAACACAAACGGAGGGGAGAGCAGCGGAGGGGAGAGCAGCGGAGGGGAGAUGGCCCUGUGCCCUAUCUGCUCAGGUUCCUUCAGCACGGCGCUGCUCCCCGCGCACGCCUCCCGCUGCGGCGAGGAAGACUCCGACUCCGAGGUGGAGCUGCUUUCCUCUGGCAGCAGCCGGGUGCCGUGCCCCAUCUGCGGGCUCUGCUUCAGCGUUGCAGAGGUGGAGCUGCACUGCAGCACCUGCGGGGAGUGAGGGACCCUCCCCCCAGCGUUGAUCUGCAGAGACUCGGCCCCACUGCGCUAUGGGGCAGGGAGUGGGCAUGCUUUGGUGCUCCUUCAGUCCGCCCUGCUCGGUGUGAGGAGGCAGUGGGGCACGAGGGGCUGAGGGAAGAAGCCACGCAUUGCUCCUGGUCCGUGGUGCGCAGCAGCGAGCGGAGCGAACUGGACCGGUAACGGUGAGCAUCCGACUGGAGGUGGAGCGGUCACCUCCCUCCCAGUGAGGCCGCACUGGGGGUAGGGGACG